AUGAUGAGUGGCGUAUUUAAAAAAAGGUCGAAUAGUAAUGUGGAAUGCGAUUUAGCUAAAAGAGGUGUUUGGUUAGUCAAGGUACCCGUCUAUCUGUCAGAAUGUUGGGAACGAAAUGCUGGUCAAGAUCUUGGUAGAUUGGUUAUAAAACCAUCAAAUGGCAGAACUGACGUAACAUUUACAAGUAACCCUGUAUUUACUAAAGCCAUUGAUAAUUCCUCCAGUAUAUCAUCUCCUUUGACAAGAAUCUCUUCAUUGACCACCAAAGCAACAUCGAUGAAAAACAAAUUAUCAUUUCAAGGCAUACCUGCAGAACAUUCCUUUAUAAUCAAUGAUAUCAAAUGCCAAUCUUUGGCUGUUCUCUGUGAAGAUAAAACUGGACUUGAUGAGGAUGCAGAUAUCUGUUCGGGGCGUUUAAGUAUCGAAGGGCGUGUAGUAAAGAAAGCUGAUUGUCGGCCUCCUAUCAGUGAAGGAUAUUUACGUAUGAAAAUCAACCACAUCGAAAGGAGUAGUCAGCCUAAAAAACAAAUUAAACAAAUCGAGAAAGCUGAAGUUAAAUUUAAACCAAUUGCUGCUCACGCUGAACUUAUUGCAAAAGAACGGCAAAAAAAGGAAGGUACCAAAGCUGUGCGAGCAGAUAAAGAUGUUGUUCGUCAAAUGUUAUUUCAUGCUUUCGAAAAGCAUCAAUAUUACCGGCUUAUUGAUUUACAGAAGCUUACAAAUCAGCCUCCAGGAUAUGUGAAAGAAAUAUUGAUCGAAAUAGCGGUAUACAAUACAAUGCCUCCUCAUAAAUCGAUGUGGGAAUUGAAGCCAGAAUAUCGAAACUAUUCGCAGAAGAAGGAUUAA